AGCACAACACGCAGACGAUCCCUUACGCACGAUGGUAGCAUCUGCACAAUGAUCAGCGCGAGAAAUACGAAAUAAGAUCUGAAUUCUGAUUCACCUAAAUAAUCUGAGAGAUUAUUGCUCGCAUUAUUAAUAAUUUCCAAGGAAAGUGAUCCAAUGUAUAGUAAGGGGAACACAAAGAAGUGGAUAUGGAAAUAGGCGUGACAGUGUGCUUGCAUUAAUUUGUCAAAUGUAAAUCUCAUUUACAGCAAAUUGGUUUGAUUAUCCAUCAGCGUGCAUAUAAACAUGAGCUGUGGAGAACAAGAACAAAAGACGAAACUUCAGCACUUCCUGUCCGAACUUGCAAUAUUGGGUUCGUUACAGGGCUUCCAUUAUUUUCAGCCCUGGCUAAGAGGGAGAGAGGAACUUCUGUUGACCGUGGUCAAUGAUGACUUGAGAUGGCGUUCUCCUGGGUACGCCGUGUCUGUGGCCUCCACCUUCACCAGCUCAACCUGCAGUAGUAGUUACAGUCUGGACAGCGAUUACGCCAGCUCACCUUUAGCAGGAGAAGAACUACUUCCACAACACAAACAACAGAUGCCAGAAGCCACACAGCAACAAACUCCCAGCAGGGAUGUCGAUUCUCAUCUUCUCCCAGCCUCACCCAGUGAGCGAGAGAUCGCUGUUCCUGAAAUGAACUGCACCCUGUUCCUGUUAGCUGGCUAUGCCAAGUAUGGACAACCUUAUGCCUGGAUUCGAUCCAAUCACGAGCGCCUAGUAAACGUUGGAGGAACUGAUACGCUAGUCAAAGAUACACCAAUGAAACUUAAGUCCAUCACAGACUGGGUUUCAACAUCCCAAGGAACUCAUGUAUGGGACGUGGUGAGUGAGUUGGUAGGACUGUGCACCAUGCCGCCUCCCGACAACCCCUUCUCUCUGGACAUGCGCUACCUCCAAACCCUGUCCCUCCCAGAGCGUCUCCUGGCUACUGGGGCCCUUCUGAAUUUCCUGGAGAUGAUUGUGGUUCAGGGAAGCAGAGAGGAACCGUUCUAUGAUCUGGUUAUGGAAGAGUUGGUUCCAUUGAGACGACUUCAUUUCCAAAGCCUCUCUGAGAACCAUAAGUUUCAAGGCAGUGACAGAUUUCCCAGAACAUCAAGUCCCUUACCUGGCAAAUGAGAGCUAAUGCUUCAAAAUACAACAACAUUCAAGGUUAUUAAAUUGUAAAGGAUUUGUCAUUUGGCCUAAAACUCCACAAAUCACAAUCUAGAACUGUAACAAGUUAAAUCAUGAACUAAUAGUUUAUUUCUUUCUUUCUUUUUGAUACUAAGGACCAUUAAUUUAAGGGUAAACAAAGAGGUUCAAUAAUGACCGCUUUAGCCCCAUGACUUUAAGCUCCUAAAUGUCAGCCAUGGCAUGUUUUUGUGAAGCACGUACAUGUCUUUGAAAAGUUAUGAAAUCAGACCAGGAGUAAUUUAAUCCCUCACAUUAAAAGAUUUGCACCCCAUGACUUAUGCAGAAACUGCUCCAUCUUUAAGGAUUUAGUCUGUCCUGGAAGUCAAGGAAACAACUGGCUUUUUUUUUUUAGAGGCCGUUUACAUGACACUGUUUUCAACUAAAAACGGAAAACUUUGUGUUUUUGUACGUACAUUUAGCGUUUUAGGGGCCUGAAAACAAACUUUUGAAAAGUACACGUUCUCGGUGUAAACUACAAAAACACAUGUGUAUUAUGUGUUCAGUCUAUAAGUGCGUAGUGUUUCUUUACAAAGUGACAUCGCCAACUACUGGCCUGGCAUGCACAAGACAGCGUUUUUAAUUGUUUUCACAGAUACAUGUGAACGGAAUAGUUUUGACAACAUAGUCAUCUGUACGCAAAAAAACACAAAAGGAAAAAUGUUUCCGUUUUUAGUACAUCAUAGUCGUGUAAAUGUACACUUAGAAGUUUUUGGUGUCUUCUUCACUCUUAAAAAUAAAUAUUCCAAAAGGUGGUUUUCACAGCAAUGUCAUAGAACAACCAUUUUGGUUC